ACGUGACCCCUAAUGGGAUGUCCUCAGAUCUUUGUUUAGCGGUAGCGAGAACUGAGGUCUGAUUUUAAUGAGAUUGAGCCUGACACCACCAGGGGAGCUGCCUUCAAGCACACUAAAGCCAGAGCAGUACUGGAUUAAGCUGCAGAAACAGAAGACUCUGGAUGGCACCAGAAGAUUCAAGUAUCUGUCUGCCCUGGCCAUCAAGCUCUGUCUCAUUCCUAAUUCUAAUGCUGACACCGAGAGAUUGUUUUCCAAGGUCAGGAAAAUAAAGACAGAGGGCAGAUCAGAACUGGAUAAUUCCACGGUCAGUGCUCUGCUGAGUUGUAAGGUGAACUGCAGAGACCCAUGCGACAGCUGCACAUUCAACAAAGACACCUUGAGCAAAGCUGAAUGUGCUACAAAACUGUACAAUUCACAGCACAUUUGAGACAGUUAAAUGGCCAUAUAGAAUUUUGUUAUUGUUUCGUUUAUUUGUCAAAUGCCCUCUAUCCAGUUUGAUAUGCUGUGAUAUGAUGCCUUUAUCUGAGCUAUAAUUAAACUUGUAUAUUAUCUUCGUCAAGUGUUAUUGUCACUUUUUAAAAAUCUCCCCCUUUGGAGGCAAAUCUCCCACAUCAUGAUGAGGGGUUGACAGGUCUGAGUGGGUAUUCG